AUGUCUAAUGAAAAUUUGAAUGAAAACUUCAACGAUUCGCACUGGGAACCCACAGAGGCAUUCAGUCUUGGCUUAAAACUUGGCUUAAGUCUACCCUACAUUCAGCUCAUGCUCAUUGCUCUAAUUGGAAAUUCACUUGUCUGCUAUGUGAUACAUCGCUACCUCCAGCAUUCAGUGACAAAUAUAUUUCUCUAUAAUCUCAGCCUGACAGAUAUUCUAACAACACUUGCAGUGAUUCCCAUUUCAGCUGUAGCCGAUAUUUGGCUUAAUCAUUGGCCAUUCGGUGAAGCUAUGUGCAAAAUUGUUCCCUUUAUUCAAUGUCUUACUGUAACUCUAACCGCCUUUACUCACGUUCUCAUCUCAUGCGAUCGCUUUCUCAUAGUCUUUUGGCCAUUGCAAAGGCGACAAUUAUUAACGCCUAGAAAGGCUAAAUUUAUCCUUCUGGGACUUUGGCUUACUGCGUCAAUUCAAGCUAUUCCAAACGCUGUUGUGGGAUAUUUAGAGAGAGGUGAAAGUUUGCGAUGUGCGGAAUCUUGGGAUCAAGAACAAUCCAAGGCAUAUACAUUGACUCUGAUGGUUAUUCAGUACUUUCUUCCAUUAGUCCUUCUUAUAUUUUCCUACUCCGUAAUUGUUUGGAAGCUCAAUUCUACUCAAGUUGGUGGGGUAAUUUCCGUCAGUCGAAGUGGAAUGGCCGUCAGAUCAAAACGAAAAGUGGUGAAAAUGAUGAUAGCGGUGUCUACUAUUUACGCCAUUUCUCAACUUCCAAGGCAUGUCAUCUACCUCUACGGCACAAUUGUUGAGUGGAAUUCGCGAGUAUUUGCAAUUGCUUGGACCUUCUCCACGUUAUUAAGCAGCUCUGCCUCAUGCUAUAAUCCCUUCAUUUACGCCUGGAUGAAUCAAACCUAUAGAAUGGGCUUCUCACGAGUUCUCUGCUUUUGCUGCAAUAAAUGGAAGAAAAAAGAUGCGCUCGAGGUUCGCAUCAAAAGUCGUCCUUCUAAGGACGUCUAG